CUUCUUUUGACUAUCAUUCUGUCUGUCUGUCUGUCUGCGUUCUUGUCGCAUAGAUUAGAUUGUAUUUUCUCAUUUUUUAUUCUUUUCCCUCAUUUAUAGAAUCAUCCAGCAUAUAGAUCCAUCCCAUUCCCAACCCCACCAUCAAAACAUCCCAAUCAAUCAUUCAACCCAAACAAGAUAACAAAAUGUCCCCCAUCCCCAUAACAAUCAUAACCGGCUUCUUGGGCUCCGGCAAAACCACCCUCCUCCUAAACCUCAUCCCACAACUCCCCAAAACCUACCGACUCGCGCUCCUCAAAAACGAAUACGGCGACGUAGCCAUCGACUCGCAGCUGGCCUCCACAAACUCCAUCUCCGGCGUCCGCGAGCUCCUCAACGGCUGCAUCUGCUGCAACCUCGUCGGUCAACUCAGCGACGCGCUCGACCAACUGCGCGAACAAGUCCAGCCCGACCGCAUCGUGAUCGAGACCUCCGGCAGCGCAUUCCCCGCGACGCUCGCAAUGGAAGUCAACCGGUUGGCGCGGGAGCAGCCCGGCACCAUCGCGCUAGACGGGGUCAUCAGCGUCAUUGACGUGGAGAAUUGGGAGGGGUACGAGGAUACGUCGUACACGGCGAAGCUGCAGGCGAAGUACACGGAUCUGAUCAUCUUCAACAAGUGGGAGAAUGUAUCUGAGAGGGAGUUCGAUUUGUGUCUUGAUCGCGUGGGCGAUCUGGAGGUUGAUACGCCGUGGGUGAAGAGUGAGAAGGGACGGGUUGACAAGGAUGUUUUGUUGGGGAUUGAUGGCGCGUUGUUCGCUAAGGAGGGGGAUGACGCUCAGUUGGCGAAUGGUGGACAUGAUCAUGAGCAUAAGCAUAAACAUGACCACCAGUCUGAGGUGGAAGUGCUCUCCGUCACGCUCAAAGCGCCUACCCGACCAGACGCCACCGUCGACGUCGAAGCCCUACAGCGCUUCCUGCGCUUCCCGCCCAAGGAAGAAGUCUACCGCAUCAAGGGCAUCCUGCGCUGCUCGAGCACAACCCCACCCAUCUCAUCAUCCGACGACGACACAUCGAACCCCGCGCCGUCUUCGUCCUCCGCAGGCCACAACCAGCACUACAUCCUCAACUGGGCCUUCGGCCGCUGGACAACCACACCGUCUGACACCGUCGGCCAGACAGUCGGCCCAGACGCCGUAGUCCGCAUGACGCUCAUCCUGGCGCGGUACGAGUCCGCGAAGUGGACGAAGAAGCUGGAGGCGGGGGGUUUGGUGCAGGCUGUGGGUGAGAGUGAGGGGGUGGAGUUGGUUGUUGAACGACUUGUCUAGAUUCAACUUUUAUGUUCUUUACGGAUAUAUGUUCCUUUUUAGAUGAAGGGCUGAGAUGGAUGGAGCUGGCUCCGCCCGAAUAUACAGAAUGUAUAUAUAUACGACAAUAAAUGUUGAGGCU